GGUGUCUGCGUUUAUAUAAUGCGUCACCUAGGUAUUCUUCACGAAGUCCAAGCCGACCGCUUGUUUAUUUACGAUUGUCGGACAAGGCCAUGUCUGGGCUUGGAGAUCUGGUAGCGCCUUCGUAUCUUCAAUAAGCUUAGUGGCCGGAGCCUCAGCCUCAUCAGCUGAAACUGAAGCACCGCCCUCAGCCUCGCGUGCGCCUAGACGAAAUGACGACCUCUCGAGUUACAUCGGUGCCAUGGCCCUUGAUCUUCUCGUUACUCCAUCUGCUAAUCUUGAUUGUCGCGUACCCCGACAAUAAAGGGCCGCGACAGAUAUACAGAGUCUUGAGCGCGCGCAGCAGAUCUGGGUUGAUCGGACACCAACUGUGCGCAGACUAGAAGAGAUUCAGAGGAGCUCACAGCCACAUUGACUUUAAUCAUGUCGCUCAGUAGCAAUAAAUCAUCCAUCGGCGACCGAGUCAGGCUCGCCCACGCCUUGGGUUUCAACGAUUACCCGACGAACUCAACCGCCGAACCGUAUCUCAACUAUAUUCAGAAGCAGUACGCGGGUAGCGAAACAAUAGAGGUCUACAUCGACCUAUUCAUCGAAGUUAUCGAACACUUUCGGCCGGGUGCUGUCGCGAAUGGGACACCAAUAGUUCCUACUGUGCGGACACUUACAGAAAAAUAUGCCUUAUCAGGCUUUCGGGAUGUAUUUGCGGAUACUCUCGCGGGGGACCCAAGGCGAAAAGAGCAUGUUGAAGAUACGGUCAUGUGUAUCAUUGGGACGUGGACUAUGAUGUUGAGCUCUUUCCAGUACAAAAACCGGUCUCGCAAAGUCGUGGCAGCAUAUAGCAUCUUCACAGAUGCAACGAUAUCGCAGACUACAACGCCGAUAACGCCAUCUUCAACGACAUCUACGCCACCGUCUGUGGUGGUUGCGCCUUACGAUAAUUCUGUCGCUGGUCUUAUCGCAGGCAGUGGUCUUCUCCCGGGCGGACAGUGGGACCAUCGGAUUAGCGUUGAGAAUGAUGCGACAAUGAGGAUGAUAGCAUUGAUGUUCAAUGCAGCAGAUGCAUCGAAUCGAAGUCCUCUGCAAACUCUGCUUUCCCCUUCCUCUGGGAGAGCUUUGCCUUGUCAAACAUCGCCAUACGCGCUGUUGGAAGAGCUCAACGCCCAGGAGUCUCUGUCCAUCAGGGCAACGCGGCUUAACGCUUUCACCCUGAACGUACUCAGUGCUGUUGAUAUCCUGUGGACCCCCAAUGUGUCUCGGCACAUGCUACUCACAAAGAUCAGUGGUCGCUUUGUUCUGGAGCUGUUCUCAUUGCCGUGCGCAUUCGAUGCAAUUACUUCUCCAGCAGUUGGCAUACCCGUCGAACUUACACAGGAGAUCGAAGAGUCGUACGCUGUAUUAUUCAACGCCUGGCCUAAUGCGCCGUUCCACGCGAAAUUCGGCGCGUUGGUUGGUCUUCGGAAGGUGUGCUGGUGCUGGUCAUGUUCCGCCUAUCGCUACCGACAGCGAUGUAUCACUGCCUGGAAGACGCGCGCCCCGGUGACCCCGCGCCGAAAGAGUAAAGUUGCAUCGAACCUGCACAACAGCGAUUUCGACCCAACCCUGGAAACCUUGAUGACAAGCCAAUCGAUGAGUGAUUGGACACCGGAAGAUUUUCCUACCCUUUGGCCCCGCAUUGCGCGGCUUGAGCAACAUCUACAAACGUCCAGGCCUUGGAGCUUGGGGGUGCUUUUUCGCGAUCGACGGGACACGAUGCAAUUUUGGACAUUCUUGUUUGCUACAGUCGUUGUAUUUUUGACGGUCGUCCAGGUCUUGCUGGGGGUUGCACAGGUGGUAGGGUCCUUCAUCUGAUGAGUAUGUUUACGAGAAUCGCUUUCCUCUAGAGAGAUGUACGCAAAUCAUGCCAUUGCUGCGCUACAGAAUAUUAUAACCCCUGCGAAGCUCGUCAGGCACCUGAAAUGC